CACCCCCCUAUCAUUCCUAUCAGAACUGCUGCUGCUGGGCUCCUGAAACUCUCUCUCUCCUCCAAUCUCCUCCUCCUCCUCCUCCUCCCAUCUCCUACUUUUGAUGGGGGGACGCAGCAGUGAAGUCACAGUGAUGUCAUUUUAGGAUGUGGGAGUCGGGCAAGGUGAGCUGGUUUUGCGGUGAGUGGUCUGUCCCCUCCACGGCCAGCGUUGCCUAAGCAGAGGCGCGGAGCGGCGAAAGAUGAUCAUCGCCACCGGCACCAAAUCAAGCUCCGACGCGCUCCGUGCCUCUCCUCCUCCUCCUCCUGCUGCUGCUGCUCACAUCUCGGGCUAUGGGGCCUUGAUCUGCCUUGAUCCCCAAAUCAGCCUUUACCGCCACCAUGCCAAAGGACAAAACAUAAGAAGAGUUGCAUUUUUAGGGCAGGUAACUUUGACCACGUGCCCCAAAGAUAAACUGGAUGGCCAUUGCGCAAAGGUGCCUAUACAGCAUGUCCAGCGGGGCCAGGACGCACUGGACGCUGCCGGCAAUUCUUGUACUGUGGACUUCUCUCUGGGGGAUCGCUUCUUCUUAUCCGAUUCCGAGCAGGACUAAUGCGACUUUAUUGGAAAAGAAGUGGGAGACGCUUUUCUCGCGCUCCUAUCUGGGUAUAGCCGGGGGGAAAUCGGAGCUGAACUGGGAGAGUGACUAUUUGCAGGGCAUCAAACGAGUGCGGCGACUGUACUGCAACGUGGGCAUUGGGUUUCACCUGCAGGUGCUUCCGGACGGCAGGAUAAGCGGAGCACACAAUGAGAACCAAUACAGUCUCAUAGAGAUCUCCACCGUGGACCGAGGAGUCAUCAGCCUGUUCGGAGUGAGGAGUCAGCUGUUUGUCGCAAUGAACAGCAGGGGAAGGUUAUACGGAACGAGAUUCUUCGUGGAUGAGUGCAAGUUCAAGGAGACUUUGCUGCCCAACAACUACAACGCCUAUGAGUCUUUUGUUUACAAGGGCUUCUAUAUCGCCCUCAGCAAGCAUGGCCGCGCAAAGAGAGGCAACAAGGCCACCACCGCCAUGACUGUCACACAUUUUCUCCCGCGGCUAUGAGAGAAACUGGCAAUAACUCAUUAAUUUGCACAUGUGGAUGUUCUUCCAGGUAACACAGAAAUGCAAAGUCAUGAUACACACACGGACGGACUGCAAGAGACAACACAAAUAUUUAUUCUGUUUAUAUAUCUGUAUAUUUGGAUAGCUAUCUUUGUACAUGUACCGUGCUGCUUAUUGUUUUUAUGGACGGGGCGAGCUGAAGCCUUUGCCUGUCUCACUUUACCUUGGUGCUUGCUGUAACCGAACGACGUGUCACUUCCUUUUUUGAGAUGAGGGAUGAGCUGUAUCCUGUGCUUUUAAAGAGUGAAACGAAUACUUUUUAUUACCUCAAAGAACCACUUUACUAGAAUAAGGGAUGCAUGGACUUUUUGCUGAAAUAUCUGCUGAGUUAGUCGUUUCUUUCUAACCUUUUGAAAGCGCUUGGUGGCUCCCUGCUUGAUAUCCGGCAGUGGGGGUAAAAACUUAAAUGCACUACCUUUGCUGCACGAUUUAAAGGUGCCUUGGUGUUCCCACUUGUGGCCCCCUUAAACUUGCAUGUAAGAGACACCCGCUGGAGUCAGAAAUAGGGCUGACACUCCGCAGAGGGCCUCAGAGGAGGAGGAGGGGGGGGGGAGGACUAUCUCUGGUUUAUUUUCUUUUCUGUAAUUAGAUUGAUUAAGUAAUAUACAAUCUGUGGUUGAGACCAGAGAGUGGUCGGCCAUAGCAGCUGGCACGAAGCCAUAAGUUUGACUACAUGGCUAAUAAACAGGGUGGGAUAUUUAUCUAUCAAAGCAUGGAGAGCUUUUUUAAAAAAUGUUUUGGACCUGGCUUGCACAAGAAAUGAGAGGAUAGAUCUGCGAGCGCACAGUAGAAACUGCACAUUGUCUUGAAAAAGCUCCUACAGUAACGUGGGCUGCUGUUUUUGAAAGCUUAAGCUGCUCUUGAACAUGAUGUCCAUUGAAAAACGAUGUAAAUAGUCGCAAAUGCAAAAGAAGAAGAAAUCAGGAGCUUUUUUUACGCUGCUUUGUCGCAGUUGCCUGAAGGAGGCAAAAAGAGUUCAGGUUGCACAGUGAACCAUCCAUGAUCAUGAUGAUGAUGAUGAUGAUGAUGAUGAUGAUGAUGAUGGUGCCUACGUGUUUCGGUGCGAAUCGUUCCCUUGCCAUUUUGUCUCUUUUUGAUUUCACUUUGGGUGUUUGGUGGAGUUUGUGCGUCCCCCUGGGGACGAUUCUGCAGGCUGCCUGUGUGCUCUGCUGCAGCACUGCAGUGGCAGCGAGGUGUUGGAAGCCUGAGGCAGAUUUAAAUGCAAUUAUGGAUGAGUCAAUGGUGUGCCCUGAAGAACUGAAGGACAGUGCAGAUGGUGGACGAGAUGCACACUGUGAGAAGCUGCCUCGUUUUGUUUCAAGGAUUUAAAUAGUGAGAAUGAGCGUUGAGAGCAUCUUUACAAUGGAACAGGUUAUUGAUCUGUGAAUUGGUAUGCAUGGUGGCAGUGUGCGUACAAAGGUGCACACAAACCCCACUUUGUACACUCAGUGCUGUCACAUAGCGUGAAGUUAAUAUCUUGUUACAUAUUCCAAGGAUGCUCUCCUCGCCUUGCUCUGUUCCUGAGUAUUCAGAGUGUGCAUCUCUCCACGUAGCUUUUGCUGCUAUUUACCUAAAAACCUCAACCUCACCUCCGUCCAUUCCUGCCUUCAGAGAGGAAGCAGGACUAUUUAAAUCCAGGAAAGACGUAUGCGAGGGAGCCCGGCCCCGCUGUCUUUGUUGUUCGUCAGACCCCCUGCAGGAAUGUGAAUCUGCCAGGAUGACAAGCAGCCUCCCACAUACCUGAGUUUCUCCCCCUCACCAAACCACACAUCCCUACUCAUCUCUGAACCCCCCCCCUCCCUCACCAGCUGCAGGCAGGGACCUUGGGAUUCCGGCUGUAACCCAGGAGCUUCCUCCUCUCCUUUCAGCCGAUUUUAGUUCAAGGUCAGAGUCACGGACCGGCCUUGGCCUCGACCCCAGCGGCCGCAGUUGUCAGCUAUGCGGGUCGAACUGCUUCCAUGAAAUCUUAAUUUUAAGCUACAUUUGAAUCAGGACACGCUGCACUUACGCCAAAACAACCCAGCAUACAAGUGAACUCAUCACUGGUUGCUCCCUGAAAACAAUCUCGGAGUUAAGAGCCCCACCUCUUUAACAUUCAGCCCCACAACAUGCUGUCCCCUCCUCUUUCCAAGCACUGGUGUUGGGAUAUUUCUGGGGAGGGGACAUCUGCAGAGUUAAUGCAGUGUGUGAGGAGCACAGUCACGCAGAGCCUCACCUCUGCUGCUGCAGGAUGGCACCACGGUCAUCCUCUGGAGGCUGCUGCUACUACUACUCCUGGGCACCGCCCGGAUCCCCAAAACACUUUUUCACUACAUCCUGACACAGUAUCACCUGCUGCUCAUUUGUCUUCAUGCACAGGUCAAUUUAUAACAGUAUUUUUUCAUAGUUAAAUCUCGUUUGUUUUUUGUUCGGAGGGUUCUUUAAAUUAUGCCACGAUGCAAGUUUUUCAAGAGCUUGGCUCAAACAAAGACUUGUUGCUGCUGUAGAUGAGGCUGCAUGAAAUACCACAGAUCUUGGGAAUGAAUCAACUCUUUUCCGCUGAAGCAGCACACAAACUAACUUCACAUUUUCAGCACUUUCAGCUGAGGAAGGUGUGGAAGUGAACUUGGCACAUGCACAGCAACAAGCUCUUCACAUGCAAACCUCACAGUCAAGAUGUCUGACGUCUUUAGCAGCACCUUAUUGAUGACAUCUUGUUCAUAAGCUUUCUGUUAAGAAGAGCUGGAUCCCCCAAAAGAGCGACGGUCUGUGUCUCAAACAAAAAGCUCACCUUUCAGCUUUGACCAAAAAAAAACUUUAUCCAGAUUUCUGUCAUCUUUUAUUUUUCGUUCCACGGCUUUCUCAUAGAUUAAAUUUGAAUCCAUUCAUGAUGAGGAAUAUCUUUUUAACAAUGUCUGAUGUAUUGGCUUGCCUGAGCCCUGAUCUUAACCAGGGGAGUGUGCUUCAUGUGUGUUUUUUUUUAAACUCCAGCUCUGACAGGGAGUGAAGCUUCGCUCUAUUCCUCUCAUCUCUGUUCUCAUAUACCUCACCCUCUGCCUUAGUUUUGGUUUGCUGAUGACUGUAAAUGAAGACGAAACAAACUUCAGUUCUUUGUUUCUGAAAAACAGACAAUGCUAAGUAAGGAUAUUAAAGUUUUUUCCUUUUAUUUUUGUACGUAUGUGCUGUGCACAGCAGUCUACUGUAUUCCUGAGAUAACAAUAAAACUUUUUUUUU